UCAUAAACUCAAUGGUUCAUUUGGAUAUUCUCUCAUCGUGAAAUUCUUCAUUGUAGUUGACUACUUCAUCUUCCAGCUCCAUUCCAAUUUCUACCUCAAAAUCUUCUGCUUCAUCAUCAUCACCACCACAAAAAAUAUCAAUCAAUUGUUCCAACACAAACUCAACAUGAACAACAAAAACCAAUUUUGAUUUUUUUUUUCUUUUCUAAAGUGAAUGGACCUCUCUUUAACACUAACCUCAAACCCUUCUUCAACUUCACUUGGUCACUUCACAAAGCUAUGUGAAUUUCAUCAAAAGAAGAGAAGGGUUUCAUUUUUCGAUGCUUCAAGAGUAUUUUCAGUUCGUUGUGUUAAAGCUUCCGCCGAGCGAACCGGUGACACCAUCGAUGACAGGGGAGAAACUCGAACCGGGUUCACCACACCGGCUAUGGAGGUCACCACAUUCAACCGUGGUUUCAAUGAUGCUGACUUCCCUGUUUGGGAAAAAAUUGGUGCUGUUGUUAGGCUCAGCUAUGGAAUCGGGAUUUAUGGUGCUAUGGCUGUUGCGGGGAGUUUUAUAUGUUCGAUUACUGGAAUUGACUCUCUUGGGGGUUUCCAUUUAUCAAUAGAUGCCAUUCUUGAAGGUCUUGGAUAUGCAGUUCCUCCAAUUAUGGCUCUUCUUUUUAUACUUGAUGACGAAGUUGUGAAGCUAUCACCGCAUGCACGUGCAAUUAGAGACGUAGAGGAUGAAGAACUAUGGAGUUUUUUCUAUGGGAUGUCCCCUUUGCAGUUUAUAUUGAUGGUUGCGGCAAGUUCAGUGGGAGAGGAGCUCUUCUACAGGGCUGCAGUUCAGGGAGCACUGGCUGAUAUAUUUUUACGAGGCAGUAAUCUUAUACAAGAUGUUCGAGGAAUGGCAUCUUUGACAGGGGUACUGCCUCCAUUUGUUCCAUUUGCUCAGGCACUUGCAGCUGUACUUACUGCUAUCCUUACUGGUUCUCUUUAUUAUGUGGCUGCCUCUCCUAAAGAUCCUACCUAUAUUGUUGCACCCGUUUUACAAUCUCGUGCCAGUCGUCAAGAUUUGAAAAAGCUAUUUGAAGCCUGGUAUGAGAAAAGGCAAAUGAAAAAAAUCUAUUCACCACUUCUGGAAGGACUGUUGGCUCUCUAUCUCGGUUUCGAGUGGAUCCAAACAAAUAAUAUUCUUACUCCCAUUAUCACACAUGGGAUUUACUCCACUGUUAUAUUGGGACAUGGCCUUUGGAAGAUACACGACCACCGGCGAAGACUACGGCAAAGAAUCCAGCAACUCAAAUCAGAAGAAAAAGAUUCCAACUAGAUUUUGAAAUUACCUCCAUGACUGAUUUUGGUGAAAAAUUUGUGUAUGUAUUAGAGUUGUUGAUAAUGUAAAGAAAAGAUGUGUAUAUUUAUGUAUUAGCUGAGGUCUCAUACAUACAGAUUAUGCAAAGUUUUGGUUACAGGAUUCUCUAAUUUAGAGCCAUCAGUGUUUUACUGUUUUGUAAUAAAAUAAUACAAUAAAAAUUGGGGUAAUCCAAAAGUUGGAAUAUCAUAUAUGCUUUUACCCUU